GCAAUGGAAGCAAUAAUACUAUGAGCUCAGGCAAUAAUGCAAGUUCUAGCAGUAGUAACAACAGCCGUCCAUCAAUUCAUGUUCGUGUACUACACGUUAAUAAUGCUAUAAAUCGAGGAGUGAACAGCUCUGUUAAUUUGAACCAUGAUCCCGUUGAUUCAGUUCGUAACAAUAUUGGAGCUUCAACAAAUAGCAAUAUUGAAACUGGCUCAGAAGACGAUGAUGAAGAUGAAGAAUCCACAUCAUCACAUCACAAUCAAAGAGAUGUUGCACCUGGUUGUUCACGCAGCGGAAGUCAAGACAAUUCAAAUAGUUCACAAUCAAACGGACUUGCAAACGGAGCGCCAAUGAAAAUUCCAUUGAUUGACUACAUAUUAAAUGUUAUGAAAUUCGUAGUCGCCAUUUUAACCCUCCUAGGUAUAGAGUAAGAAAAAACUUGAACG